AUGUUCGAAUUUGAAGAAGCCUUCAAUGAUAUGCUAAACAAUAUUCGCCUUGCUGUUCAAAGCAAGGAGGAUCAGCCAAAUAUUCAAUUGAAUCUGGGUUUAAUUUCGGAAACAAUUCAAGAAUUAUUGGAGAGUGAAGAGGAAAAUAUUGAUCAACAAAUCGAGGUAUUGGCAAACUUUUUGAUUGAAUUGAUGAAGGUAAUACCAUUUAGUUAUGGUCCUCUUGCUUUCCUCUUCUUGUUUAUGGGUGUCAUGUUUGAAAAUAAUGUGGAAUUGAAUGAUGAACAAGCUGCUGUUUAUGUUAAUGCUUUGAUCAAUUAUGCUUCAAACACCUUCUUGUUAGUCGAUCAGUUUGGAGACAGAAUUCCACCUCAAAUAUUGAAGCAGUAUGAAGAUGCCUUGAGAAGAAUUGAAUUGUCUCUUGUGGCUACUUCGAGUAGAUCUGAAAAAGUGAGAGCUGCCAUGCGUGCUCAUCCAAAAUUUAAUGAAUUCCAAGAACUUACUGCAGCCAACAGAUGGGAGUAUAAGUUUCUCUUCUUUGCAACAAACAUUUUAGAGAAUGAGGAUAUUAUUGUUAUUCAUCCUUUGGAAAAUUGGGGUGUUGAAAUGAGAAUUGACGGAGUUACAAGUAAUUGGAGUUUACAUGUACUAAUGGCUCACUAUCUCAAACAACAUAAUCCAAGCUUGGCAAUCAAGGCACCUCCUAAAAAACAAGUGGAUUGUUUAUUGGGAGAAGGUAGCUCAAUGGUUGGUGGUUCAAUGUCAUGGGUUUAUGAAUGCUACAAUUGGACUGGUAUUGAUAGAAUUCCGCUAAACUCAUCCGAUUCUGAAUGUUUUUCAAAGUCACUCAACCAUAAGGUAUGGGGAGAAGGAGUUCCAUGUGAUAUUAUGAAAUUUGAAGGAAAGAGAAUUAUCUUAUUGGGCCCACUUUCUUACAAUAGAAGUAUGAGUGCAUCCAGAGAUUUUGAAUCACAAAAAGCUUCUCUUACAAUUCUGAGAGAUUUGAGCAAUGAAGAAAUUCAACAAUUACUUUCUAAAUUGACUUCCAUAAGCAAGGAAGAUAAGCAAAAGGCUCUCGAGGAAGCAUCCAAAAUUUCUCAUGUUGCUAUCUCUGAAAAGUAA